CAACUUUGGAGCAAGAGGAGGAGGAGGAGGAGGAGGACCGCAACACUCUGGCGCCUUUUUUUUCAUUUCGGAGCACACACACGUCAGGCGUCCGGAGCAAGCCAUGACUCGCAGCGGUCUCCAUCGGCUCCCUGGUCAUUCGGACACAAGUAGCCGCAGCAUCACCAGCGCAAGCCGAGGGCGAGGCCGGUGAGGGAUCACCACCGACAUGCGACCCGGCCCAUUGGUCGCUGCUCUCCACGCGAGUGGCCAGCCCACAGUAGCCGACAGACCAGAAGCGGACGAGGCCACCAUGCGCUUGGAAUAAUUGGAGCCACGAGGAUGGAGGAGGUGCGCGGCUCGCCCGCGUCGUCGCGCCGGCUUUCCCAGAUCCUGGACCCCAUAGCCAGGCUCACCUCGGAGCUCACCGCUAGCUCCUCCUCGGCCCCGUGCAGCCCGCGCCUCGGCUCCCGCCACCACGACCCCUCCUGCUGUCCAUCCGCCUCGGGGCCCUCGUCCCUACAGGACCACCCGUCGCUGGUUAACACCACAACUACCCCCACUGGGGGACCGGACAGCCCCCGCCUAGUGCCGAGGAGGGGCAGGCAGGGCCCGGCCCCGCCCCCGAGGCCCAGGAACAACAACAGCCCCGUGCACUACAGGGACUCGCCGUACGUGAACGUCUCGAACCUCGUGUUCCACAAGGACAAGAGUUUCGCCGAGAGCGCCAAGAGCGCCGGCUACGUCGAGCUCAAGGACACCAGCAGCAACAAACUCGGUGCUGGUGGUGGCCGGGGUGGCGUGGACCCGUUCAAUUUUAGCUCGGAGCCGAGCGGCCACGUUGAGUACGUGCAGGACAAGAGGCCGCCGGUGUACCAGUUUGCCGGAUCGUCCAACCAGCCGGGGAGCCUCGACAGCGGCUGUUGCUACUCGGGCGAGGUCACCUACGAGAACACGAGGUCGCCCCUGUUCGAUCUGAGGAGUCCGUUCGAGAGGAGUUACUCGAUGGGGGCGGGGAGGCACAAUCCGGUUGCCGGCACGGGGCUGGUCGAGCCGAAACCGGCGUACGGCUCGUCCAGGAGCUUCGAUGGCUACUCGAGCACCGUCGAGGAGCUCAAUUGGCAGGAGAGGUGCCUCGAGCUCCAACUCGAGCUACACCGUAGCAGGAACCAGGCGAGCAGGGUGCGCGACAUGCUCAGGGAAAAGCUGUCGGAGCUGGAACAACGUGUCCUGGAGGCGGAGGGACGUGCCGACGAGGCGGAGGACAAGGUACGGAUGAUGGAGGAGCGGCUAGUGAAGGGUGAAUACUGCCUGAACACGUCCGGGGUCGGUUCCCCGCCGCACUCCCUGCCAUCCACAUCGAGUGUCCAGAAUGACCAGAUCGACGAUACCCACUGCGCCUGCAUCUCCAAGCUAGAGACGCAGGUCGAGGAGCAGCGGCAGCUUAGGCUCCAGGACGCGCGUCAAGUCGAGGCUAAGGCCGCCCGCAUCAAGGAGUGGGUGACGAACAAGCUUCGCGAGCUCGAGCAGCAGAACCAGCACCUGCGCGAGCAAAACAACAAGUGCAACCAGCAACUCGAGCUCCUGCGCAAUCACAUCACCAACAUCGGCUUGAGGCCCCCUAUACUGCCGACGCGGGCCUCCCUGUCUCUGGAGGUGGACUCGAGCCUGCGCAGACGGUCCGAGAACCUCGAGGGCACGGCCCACCAGGUGGCGACAGCCAAGGUGGCGACCGUUCCCUCGGCAGCUGGACACCACCAGGUCGCCGGUGGCGUGGGACAAUCCUCCGGUGCCACUGCCACGGGACAAGCCGAGGCCCACUCCGGACUAGUUGCCGGCACCAGGCAUCGCAGGCACCUCUCCGCUUGCGGCACCAUACAACCCAUCAUCGGCCACAACGCCAACAUGGACUCCAGCUUACUUUCGGAGGAGCUCGCCGCGGCGGUGGAGAACCUGGUGAUGCUGCCGAGCAGCGUGCCGGGAACGGCCGUGGCCUCGAGCGCCGCCUCGGAGAGCCUCAGCCGGGACAGCGCCGACAGCAGCAACGAGGCCAUCCACGACUACGCGGAGAUCUACACGCCGUGUCGCGAGGGGAACAACGCCUGGCCCCAGCACCAGCAGUUAGCCCCGACGGCGGUAGCGCAGGUGGUGGUUGUCGACGGCAACGGCCAGCAGCAGCAGGUCCAGCCCGAGGUUGGCACGCCGAGGCCACCGACUCCACCGUUGCACCGGUUUCCCAGCUGGGAGGCCAAGAUCUACCAGGUGGCCGACGGAGGCUUGGGCAUCGGGCCGGCCACCAGCGACGAAUCCUCGAUGCCCUCGACCACGACCAACACGAGCAACUCGUCGAAACACUCGAGCCACCACAACCACCAGGUCCAAGUGGGCACGGCCACGGCGGCCGGCUACUGCGACAUUUCGGUACCGGUUUACGCGACAGUCAAGGGCCGGGCCAGCCAGAUCAGGUCCAUGCCGUUUGGCGACAGCUCGGACGACAGCUCGGACGGGGAGGAUCACCAGAACCAAACCGAGACGAGCACGCGCAUAACCAACAGCUCGUCCGACAACACGGACUCGUCCCUCGGCAGCGCCAGCAGUCCCUCCAAGAGCGUCAAGACCACGAGCAGCAUGAGCCCGGCUAAACGCAGCUCCAGCGGCUCUCCCAGCAAGAGCUCCGGAUUGUCGGAGGACUACGCGAUACCGCCCGACGCGCUCAGCUCGGCGUCGCUCGAGUCCAGCAUGCCGAGCCUACUGUUGCGCGUCUCGGGCGACAGUCCCAAGAGGCUGGAGGCGCUCGAGAAGUCGGGCCAUUUGGCCAAGCUCGGGGGCAAACUGAAGACUUGGAGGAAGCGUUACUUUGUCCUCAAGAACGGCGUGCUCAGUUACGGGAAGAGCCAGAGCGACGUCAACAGGAAGCCACAGGGACAGAUACUCAUCGACGAUCUGUGCAGGGUGAACAGGGCGGAGGGCGCGGCGACGUUCGAGAUAGCCACGGGCAAGAAAACGUACUACUUGACCGCGGAUUGCAUAGCGACGAUGGAGGACUGGAUACGCGUGCUGCAGAACGUGCAGAGGCGAAACGCGACCAAGCUUUUGCUCAGCAAGGAGGACAACAAACCAACGAUACAGGGCUGGCUGACCAAAGUCAAGAAUGGACACGCCAAAAGGUGCUGGUGCGUCCUCAUCGGCAAGAUGUUCCUCUACUUCAAGUGCCCGAACGACACGACCCAAAAUCCAAUCGGUCAAAUAAACAUGAGGGACGCGCGGGUGGAGGAGGUGGAGCACGUGUCGGACAGCGACAGCGAGGAGAGGGACUCGGAGUGCGGCAACGAGCACACGAUCGGUAUAUUCCCGUCCCAUCAGGGCCCGACCUACCUGCUCAUGCAGCACAAGCAGGACAAGGACAAUUGGCUGUACCACUUGACGGUAGUCUCGGGAGCGGCUCCGAGCGCGGGCACGCAGUACGAGCAGCUCGUCCAGCGGCUCAUGGAGACGGACGGGGACCCAAACUGCGUGCUCUGGAGGCAUCCGUUGUUGCUUCACUCCAAGGAACACAUAGCCACGCCCUUCACGAGCCUUACUUCGGAAGCCUUGCAGGUUGAGGCCAUCAAGUUGUUCAAGGCGGUCCAGUUGUUCAUGUCGGUGGCGGUCGAGCAGGCUGGGAUCGAUUACCACGUGGUCCUCGCGCAGAACGCCCUGCAGCAGUGCCUCGAUCAGCCGGAGCUGCAGUCCGAGUUCAUAUGCGCCCUGGUCAAGCAGACAAGUAGGCACACGCAGCACCGUUUGGGCGUACAGCAACUCCUGCUGUGUGCCACGCAAUCGCUCUUCACGUGCGAUACACAGGGCCCCGGGGGUAGCGGGGCCGGUGAUAACGCGGACGCUCAGUCGACCGCCUCGAGUUCACACAGUCCUCCGCUCGCGCAGGGUCACUCCUCGUCGAAUCUCCUCGACUGCAAGACCAAUCCGGCCCAGUACGUACUCGUCCAGGGCUGGCAGCUGCUCGCGUUGGCCGUCUCGCUGUUCCUGCCCCGCAACAAUCGGCUCCUCUGGUACCUCAAGCUACACCUGCAGAGAAACGCCGACUCCAAAACGGAGUGCGGCAAGUACUCGGCCUACUGCGAACGAGCGCUGGAGCGUACCCUGCAAAACGGGUGCCGGGAGGUCAAGCCGUCGCGUAUGGAGGUGCUGUCGAUCCUAAUGAAGAAUCCGUACCAUCACUCGCUCCCUCACGCGAUACCCGUGCACUUUCUCAACGGCACCUACCAAGUGGUCAGUUUCGACGGCAGCACGACUAUCGAGGAGUUUUUGGCCACCCUCAACCAGGAGAUCGGCUGCAGGGACGUCCACCAGUCGGGCUUCACGCUCUUCAGUGACGAUCCUAUCGAAAAGGAUCUCGAGCACUUUAUCGACCUCCAAGCCAAGCUCUGCGAUAUAAUAUCAAAGUGGGAAACGGCCCUACGGGAAAAGGGCUCGGGCAAGUUUGAGAACACAAGGGUGAUCCAAUUGACGUACAAGUCGCGCUGCUACUGGCGACACGCGGCUAAAAUGGAAACAGAUCGUGAACGGCUGCUUUUGUGUUACCAAGUUAAUCAGCAGGUCGUCCAGGGCAAGUUUCCCCUCAACCGGGAACUGGCCUUUGAGCUGGCAGCCCUCAUGGCUCAAAUCGAUUACGGGGAGUACAAUGCGGAAAAGGCACGGGGAAGCGGCAACAAUCCUCAUCAUUUGGUGCUGCAGGCGUUGGAUAAGUUUUUCCCAGUUAGAUAUCGCGCCAACAUCACUGCCGAUCAAUUGAGAGAGUUGCAAGAUAAACUGCAAGAAAAGUGGAUGUCGCUCAAGGGUCGUGGCAUCUUGGAUUGCGUACGAAUUUACCUGACCUGCACGAGAAAGUGGCCGUUCUUCGGUGCGACUCUUUAUCAAGCAAAGAUCAAACAGUCUGAUCCAACGACCGUGUGGAUCGCGGUGUCCGAGGACAGCGUGACGCUUCUCGAAUUACAGACGUUCGCUGUUGUGUGCCGGUACAAUUAUGGGAACAUCAUCACGUUCGGUGGAUGCUUGGAUGAUUUCAUGCUCGUCGCGUGCCCCGACGAAGGAGCUGCCGAGCAAAAGCUCCUGUUUGCCCUUAGCAAACCUAAGAUAUUGGAAAUCACCUUGUUGAUAGCCGACUACAUGAAUGCAUUGGGCCAUACGUUACCCGGAACGCCACAAAUGAACACGUUAACGCGAAAUGGCUCUCAUCGAUCGAUAAAGUCUACUUUACGGACUGGCACUGGUUCAGGUUGCCUCCCAACACAGCCUGACAUCCUGAAAUCGACGCCAGACCAUCAGAGGCCAUGAGACGGUAGUAAAAAUCGUUCGGAAGAUUCCGAAUUGUUUUAUACGAGCAAACAGUCUGGCUCCGUAAGAGCCAUGCGUUUUUCAAAGGUACUAAAGCAUUCAUCCUAAAGUUUAUAUACAUGAUAAAAAAAAAGAAAUUAAUCGGUUUACGUAAUGUAAAUAAAUCGAACGGACUAAUGGUAUAAGGAGCGUGAUAGUCAGUAAACAAAAAUUAACGUGUAAGUCGAUUAAAAUAAGGAGAAAAAAACAAUACAAACAGAUGGACACUGCCUAAUUUAGAGAAGUUUUAUGAGAUAAAAAGUUCGGAUCGAUGUGCAAAGAGUAAAAAAAAGAAGCUCAGCUUUGUUUGAACGUGUGUUUGGAUAAUGAUUUUUUUUACACCAUAUUUAUAUUCCUUAAAAAAAAAGCAAAACAAAAAACGAAAAAACAAAUAGAUAAGAAUCGUCGAACGUAAUCGUUGUGUAAAUAGUAUAGUGAAUAGUAGUCAACUAAAUGUUUAGGGAAUUAAAUAGGACAAUGCGAGAAAAAUGAGACUUUAUCCACACAUCGCAAGAGUCGAAACAAGUUGAAAGCACUUUUAUAAUUUUUAGACGAAAGAAAAGAAAUUAUCACAACACUCUAGAAACACAAUUCAACACAUGGCAAGGAAAGUUUUUAGACACGAAUUAUAAAACCUUGCAUGGAUACAUGUCAACUAGGGGUGAAUAAAUAGUUGACCUUCGAGUAAUUGCCAAAAUCAUCACGAGGAAAAAAGUUGUGCAAUUAUUUUUUAUCUAAUUUGCAUACACCUGUAGAAAUAAUCAUAACGUAUCUUAGUCUGAUAUAGUGCGUGCCAUUGUCAUAUAACUUUUUAUUUAUUACUUAAGUAAUUUUGGCAUUUCUUAGUUAACAUUAUCACAUCAUGUUUUUUUUCGCGUAUCAGAAAUUUACACAAUUUAUCGGACGCACGAGUGUAUAUUAAAUUAUGUAGAAACGAAAUUAAAAAGCUCGUAUGUUACAUGAUGACUUGAAUCUUAUCUAGACGAAUUCGUUUUCAUUCAAAUUGUAAUUCGAGUAGAUUCUGUUCAAAGCAGAAGUUGGUUUACGAGAAAGAUAUUGCACUCAUUUAAAAAGAAAAUUUUUUAAAGUUUUUUUAGUACUCCAGAAGUUAUAAACGUGAGAAUGAAUUGCCAUAAAAGCAGGGUGCCUAAAAAAUUAACUAAUAAUAUAAAUGUUGGGCGUGUAAAACUAAUGUCUUUGUAACUACGAAUGUAACUUGAUGUGCAACGAUCGCACCUAUUAACAUUGACGCAAAGUUUUGUUAAUGUAAUAAUAGCUAGUCGCGUUUAAUCGCUUAAUUUAUUUUCAGGUGUAAUAGAGUAUGACUUUUUUGUUUGAUUUAAAGAAAGGACACGACCAAAUAGUCAUAAAAAAAUCAUGAUUUUUCGAAAGGAUGAAAUUGUAUCAUUAAAUUAUUCCUCUAACUUAAGCACGUAUUGGGUGACUUUAUUGGUUGCUUCAAUUGGAAUGUUUAAAUUUUAAUGUUACGCGAUGUAUUGUUCAAAUUUUGAUUUACUUCUUAAACUUAUGUGGUUUGAAAUUUUUUAACGUUAAAAUAUGUUUUGCAUUGUUAAAACUAGUGUUUUUAGUGUUUAAAUUUAUUGGAGUAGUAAAAUUUUCCAAUGUGAUACUUUUUAUUUUUAAUCGAAUAAAGUUAUCCCUAACAAUCUUAAAUUAUUCUUUCAUUCUCACGCUAAUGAAAGUACGAAUUUCAACGCAACCACUGUGCAUUGAAUGCUCAUAAAAAUCUGAGGUGAUUAUAAAUAUGUUCUCCGUUACGAUUGAUGUUUCGUUUUUUGUACUACUAGCAAAAUAUGAUCCAUAUAUAAAUGCACCACUUCAAUUGAUACAGAAGUUUUGUACGCAAUCGCUUGAUGUGCCCUAAUCAACUAGAAAAUGUCUUCCUUUAUUAAGUAAUUGCAAAUAAAAUAUUAUAUGUACAGCAAAUACACAAAUACAUUUUAAUGGGCUUUCGUGCAAUACGUACGAUACUUCUUUAUCUUUUGGAUGAGCAUUAAGGAAGUAUUGAUGAAAGUCUAUAGUUUGUUGGCCUGAUUUAAUAAAAAUAAUUGAAAAAUUCGAUAUAAUUUUAAAAGUAAAAUAAGAAAUAGUCGCAUCGUGGACUACUAUGACUAUUGUAUUACGAUGAAUCGAGGAAAGGAGGCAGUAGUACAAAAAAUAAAAAGACGAAAUGAAAUGUUUUCACGAAAUGUAAAAGUAAGACACUUUUGUCCUUAGUUUUUUAUACGAAGACGAAAAAAGAGGAACAUAAUGUCGUCGGUGCUUGACGCCUUUGUAAACAAUAAAAAUAUACGAAUAUUGUGCGAUAUGCGGAGAAAAUGUAAGCGAAACGUUGGCUCAUUUUGUACAUAACUAUGUUUGUAUCUAAGCGAGGAUGUAUAGGUAUGUCAUACACAUAUUAUAUUAGUCGAAAAUAUAUAUACAUCAUGAGCAGCUGAAAAUUUUGCUCAGCGAAAUUUGGUUGAUAUGUGAAUGGAUAAUAAAAAAAAGGGAAAAAUUACAGUGCAAGAUGUGCGCGCACGUGCAUUCUGGAUAACUUUAUUUAUUAUUUAUUUGUAACACAACGCUAGAGGCGUA